AUGGCUUCACUUGUACUGCUGCUGCUUCUGCUGGUCCUGGUUCCAUCUGCACAUUUGUACCGUUUCGCAAUGUACUACGGAGGUUCGGUGACCUUCUCUCCAAAGCAAGGGACAAAUGGGAAAUUAGAGGCAAAUUUCUAUAUGAGACAAACCGUGUUUCGGUAUUUGAAUUAUAAUCCUAUAUGCAAAACUGGUAACUGUGGGACCCAGACUAAGAGAUCCGUUGCAAUUGCUGCAACAACAUCUGAUAAUAUCACCUGGACGCAGUAUGCAGAAGCAACUACAAGACGGUUCAACACUGACCUUCCAUUUGAGAUGAGACUCCCUAACUUUGUCCACUGGUGGCAUGGAGCUGGUUACUGGGAGGAAAACAUAUAUGGCAGCUGGUUAGGAUGGGUGAAUUUGAUACAUGUGGACCUGGGAAACCGAUCUGAUACCAGAAAUCCGAACCAAUCUCCUGUUUUCACCACACCUCCCGUUCUCAGAAUACCAAGAAACUGCCCCCGAACGUUUAAGAUUGCAGUAUUGGACCCUGAUGGUGAUAAUGUGAGAUGCAGAGUGCCAACAGACCCCCAAACAUCUGAGUGUGUGAAGUGCAGCCUUCCUAGUGGUUUUUCUUUUGACCAGAGUUCCUGCUCUCUGACAUAUAACUACAGCAGUAACACUGGGAUCCAUCCAAUUGAAUUAGUGGUUGAGGACUUUCCCAACAAACAGAUACACUUGUCCUACUCUGAUGGGUCCUACACCACAAAGCAGCCUCUAUCACUGACACGAGGAAAGCGUUGGGCGCCUUCCUACGCAUCCACCACCACUUUUGCUCCAACCACCACCACUGCUGCUCCAACCACCACCACGGCUGCUCCAACCACCACCACUUAUAUUCCAACCACCACCACGGCUGCUCCAACCACCACCACUGCUGCUCCAACCACCACCACGGCUGUGCCAACCACCACCACUGCUGCUCCAACCACCACCACUGCUGCUCCAACCACCACCACGGCUACCACCACGGCUGCUCCAACCACCACCACGGCUGCGCCAACCACCAGCACAGCUGCUCCAACCACCACCACGGCUGCUCCAACCACCACCACUUCUUUUCCAACCACCACCACCGCUGCUCCAACCACCACCACUUAUUUUCCAACAACCACCACUGCUCCUCCCACCACCACCAUUACAGAUGCUCCCACAACCUCUACAGGUUUUUCAACCACCACAAUAAGUCCUGUGGGACUUUAUAGGUCAUCGAUUCCUCCUUUAAGCAAACUUCCUCUACAAUUCUCUGUUUAUGUGGAUUCCCACAAUGCUCCCUCUUGUCUUGAUGGUGAUUACUUCCCCGUUUUCCUGGCACCAACUCCAGCUAAUAGAGCUUAUCUUACUGCAUUUUUAAACCAGCCUUUUGAAAUUGAAGUGAGGUCAAAAGCUCAGUACACAAGGAUCAAUGACCUGAUUGUUAUAGGCCCUGCUGGCAUAACAAAGGAGAAAACUUCCUCUGAUGCCUACAUCUUAAAAUGGUACCCAACUUCAGAUCAGCUGAAUGAGUAUUUCCCGAUAUGCUUCAUAUCUGAAGCUAGAGACGAAUUUUACCAGGUCUACCACUCAGAGCUGCGCUGUGUGACUGUCAGUGUUGGUCAUCAUGAGGCCAAAGUGACUUGCAAUGAAACCACAAUUUCUGUGGAGGUGGAGAAAACCUACCUCGUUAAGAGCAAUGAGGACAUUUUGCAUUUAAAUGACUUCACAGACUCCUCAUGCAACUUGAACACACUUUCCAACUCUAGUCACUUGGUUGCUGUCAUGCCACUGGGCAGUUGUGGAACCCUUGUGCAGGAGGAUGAUGAUAACAUUAUCUUUACCAACGUGAUCACAUCUGCAGAUAAAAGUAAGAUUGUUUCCAGGCAGCAUGACGUCGAGAUAGCAUUUUCCUGCUCCUUUCCCAAGCGAACCAACCUCACUCUGGGAUAUAGACACAAAAACCCAUACGCCUUUGAUGAGAGGGGCUUUGGUACUUUCACCUUCCAGUUUGAGUUCUUUGAGAGCCAGCGUUUCAGGAAGCAAGUUGACUCCAGCAGGUACCCAGUGGAAGUUUACCUCAAGCAGAUGAUCUACAUGCAGAUCGAGGCCACCACGUCCAUCCCCAACACUGAGCUGUUUGUGGAGUCCUGCAGGGCGACUCCCUACGACAACCCCAACUCCCGCAUCAGCUACACUAUCAUUGAGAAUGGGUGUGUGAAGGAAGAAACAACACAAAUCUACCCCAGCUCCAAGUCCCAGUUCAGAUUUGGACUUGAGGCUUUUGAGUUCAUCGGUGCUCAUCAGGAGGUCUACAUCACCUGUUCAGUUCUCCUGUGUGAGACCGGCUUUCCUGGAACUCGAUGCUCCCAGGGAUGUAUCAGGUCCAACUCACUGAACAAUCGCAGAAAGAGGGAUGCUCCAGCUGAAACGAGCAGUCACUCCAUUUCCCAGGGUCCUUUGCGUCUCGUUAAGACUUCUGAUACCAAAGGGUCUGACCUAAGCCUGAAUCUGAGUCUGAACCAAGUCUUGCUGGUUGGUAGCGUCCUGGUACUUGGAGCUGUCAUCUACUGGAAAAGAAGAGCCAGAACUGAAUACCAACUGCUGCCGACUUCUGAACAACAAUAACUCUGAUGUUUUCUUAAGUUUCUUUCUUGUAAAAAAUGUUAGUGGUUUUCAAGGGGACAUUUAUUAUUUUUCAAAACUGAAUCAUGAAAGUCGUUAUUCACUGAAUGAGCUCUGGUUUAUUA